GUGCCGCCUCCAGCACUGUUGUGAAGAAACGAGUGAAAGCAAGUCGUGGCAUAGAAAUUACAACGAUUCCAUAUAUUUGUAUUUUACUUAUAUUUUCAACCCAUUUUUCUUUUAUAUACAUAUAUUUCUAUUUCUGCGCGUGGACCGCUGUUGUCACAACAGCGCAUUCGUCCAAAUCACCCCCAAAGCAACUCACUUCUCUCUGCUUGUUUUGGGGUUUUCUUCUGUGUGUGUGUGUGCGCGCGAUUUUGUUGUGUGAUACUGAGUUGGAAAACGAAGUCAAAUGAUGUAGGUAGAAAAGGAUGGCAAGUCAGCUCUGCAUUUGGUAAAGCGAAGGUGUUUUGAGCAUUGGAAUCGGCACUGACGCUUUGGUCAUGUAUUACUCCGUUUGUUAGAUGGAAUGUGGCAAAACACCAUAUCUGUGUUCUUUACUCGCUCCCUCGUCUCCUCUUCUGAUUCGUUUCUUACGGCUAGCUCAGCCAGUAGAGGUGGCCGGACGGCACAACGCGACAGAGAUUUUUCCUUUAAACGACAGGGGCGGGCUGCUACCUGGGGGUCCGGCCUGCCCGAGAACGUGGUAUAUCCACCCAGGGAAGCCCCCGCACAUCAGCCAAAUGGCCUGGUCCGCCGUAUCAGAAGGUACGCGGGCAGUACACCGGCGGUGGCUGUACGAGCUGCGCGCACUACCGGCCGACCUACUGAGCAGGCGCAAUUUGGCUGCGGCAGUGGUAGAGUUUGUACGCCGCAUCGCGGUGACAAGACAAUGGAAAUGGUCGACCACCGCGAAGGCCCUGGCGUCCGUCAGUGGUGCGCUGCAACAACUGCCCCUCUACACCAAUCAACGCGAACCGAUACAUCUCAACCGCUACCCGGAAUGGCAGAAGACAGUGGCCGCCGCGCAGCGUUUCGACCGGGAGAGUGUCGCGGCUCCGCCGUCCCCUAUCACUCAGGAACAAAAGGACGCGGCGCAACGGAACUCACUACGGCAGCGCGAUCAGGAAGCUUCUCUGUUCCUCGAAAUGAUGUGGGCAUUUGCGGCUCGCGCGGGCGAUUUACGGACUCUGCAGUGCAGGGAUGUACGCUUCACGGGGGAGGAACCGCCACCAUUUGUGGACGGAGGUGUGACAAUAUGGCCAGAUCGGUAUGGCGUAGUCCUGACAAUGAGACGCGGCAAAGGGGCACGGUUCCGAGGGCCGUAUUCUGUUCCGUCAACCCUGCCGCGCGAAUCGGCGCUGAUUCUCGCGCACCUCCUCCGCAGCCGGCGACCUACGCAGCACCUGUUUGCUCGACCGACCGAAAUCACCGACACCAUCCGCACGGCCCUGCGCCGCGAGAACCCUUUGGCAGCACUACCGUCAGUACGCAAGGGCGCGCUACGCUGCAUGGCGGCGAACGGAAUGGCAGAGCACGAACUGAUGAUCAUGUCAGGUCACCGACGCGCCGACACACUCCACAGGUACCUGGGCUAUGGCCACCAACUCACGACGGAGGCCGCAACCGCGCAGGCCAACGCCAGCGCGGCCCUUUACGAACUGAACAGUUCGGCCUAACCGCACCUACAACGCAAGACUUAGCUGUCGACCCCACGGAGGUAUAUCGAGAGAUUCAGCGCCUCAAGGGCGCCCACAACGCACCGCCGUUACCUCCACCAGGACAAUGGCCGCUACACCUCAAGAAGACAACUCCGCUGAACUGGAACGCAGUUUGCGACAUGACAACUACCAAGCCAGAAACACGGGCUUUCCUCGGACGAGUGGGGAUGUUUUUCACGCCUGAGCACUUCACCGGCUUUAGGACAUCGAGGACAAUUAAGAAAUGCCACUUGCCGAUGGCAGAUAUCGACCGAGCAGUGGAGAUGGGGAAGAUGGAACUGUGCCCCGCAGCCGACAACAUCGAGGGUAAGCACCUCCCAGAAGGAGUACACGGCGUUAACGUUUUCGCAGUACCGGAAAUGAAGGGCAGGAGACGACUCAUCACCGAACCGCACCUAAACGCGUGCCUCCAGACGAGCGACAUGCCGAAAGUCCAGUACCCAACGCGCCUAGAGCGAAGGCAGAGUUUGCGGAACAAGCGGUACAUGCUUCAAGUGGAUUUCGAAGCGUACUAUGACGCCACCCCGCUCCCUGGUGAGUUGCGAAACUUCUUUGUCUUUCGCGCCCGCAACGGCGCCUACUUCCGUCUCUGCACACUGCCUACAGAAGCACGGUGGAGUGUCGCAGUGGGUCAGGGUAUUACGUCAACAAUAGUCGACGUCGAUACACCAGUAACGAUCAUGACUAUGAUUGACAAUAUCUUGAUUGCAGCGGACGAAGGACAGGAAGAGGACUUUUUGUCGGCUGUCCGCAGGAUUAUGGCGCGUAUACGCGGCGCCAACCUUCUCACAUCGCCCGAUCGCGAAUCCUUGGCAACCAUGGACGACGCGUCAUUGUUGUCGUUGGCUAAGGAACCGAACACCUUUCUCGGGGAAGAGUAUAGGUGGAACGGUAGCGAGCGCUUAGUGCGCAACUCGGCGAAGAGUGUGGCGAAGUUGAUCGUCGCGUUACGAAAGCCCGCCUUCACAAUUCGGUCCUUUGCGUCGGUGGUGUCGCUCAUGUUUUACAUGUUGCACACCACACUGAUCAACCCUGCACGUGCAUUCAGCCUGGCACGGGCCUACCGAGGGGCGGCCCGCCUGGUUAGCCGAGGGUUCGAUUGGGACGACCCACUCCCUUUCCUCCAUCCACAAAUCCACGCCGCCCUGCACGAGCUUGGAGCCCGCUUGGUGCACAACCCGUGGCAACCCAUCGCCAGGGAACGCUCCGCCACGUACUCGGAAGACAACUACGACGUGGUGUGCUUCACGGACGCCUCCUUAGGCGGGUGGGGCGCGUACGCCCACAAACACCUGCGCAACACGUCAAGGGAGGCAGGCUCCGUCGGGCCACUCGAUGGCGCUGAGAGCAUCACCGCAUAUCAGCAGAUGUGGGUGAAUGAGCUCGAGCAGACCCGGUUGCCACGGGCACGUGCACCCCUUCGGGGCCGCGACUCCGCGGAAACUGACGACCGACCGUACUUCAUGGCCAAGCACUCGGCGCACGCUGAACCGCGCGCAGCCGAGUUGAUGCUGCGGCAACUCGUCGAGGAGGGUUUACCGGACGGUGCGAAGAUAGCGCUGGUAACGGACCAUUUUCCCAUCGUACACGCCCAAAAGCAACUCAACGGUUUCGGAGGGAUAGGCCGAGGGCUGUCUCUGAACAAACUGUACGAGUACGCCUAUGACGUGUUCUACGAACGAGGGAUCAGCGUUGUCUUUUUCUACAUCGCCGGACCAAUGAACCCCGCGGAUACGUUGUCGAGGAACUUUGGGGAUUUCGAGCCGAGGCAGCGUGGGAGCCUGGCUCGCACGGUCGUAAACGAUGUGGCCUUGCCUUUGCUCUGCAACACGUUCUCUCCGCUCUGUGAAGGAAAGGCAGAAGUGCAGGACGGAUGGGCACCGUAA